GACUCAAUUGGCGCCGCGACCUCAUGUGAAACACCAUCCGCACGAGCCACAGCACACACUAGUCCUCCGACCGACGUUUUUUUUGCCUCUGCGGCGAAAAAACCGCGAUGGAGAUUCGGAUUGCGUUCGUCUGAACCACCGCGCCCCUUUUUAGGAAUCCGACAAUUCCCCCGCCAACCAUCCAAUCGCGCAUUUUAGUCGAGACGUUUUUAAACAGGGGCGGCGCGACGAUGUGGAUUCAGGUCCGCACCAUAGACGGGAAGGAGACCCGAACCGUGGACGAUCUGUCCAGGCUGACCAAAAUCGAAACCCUCCGCGUGAAAAUUCGGGAUAUCUUCAACGUGAGCCCGCAGCAACAGCGCCUCUUCUACCGGGGCAAGCAGAUGGAAGAUGGCCAGACGCUGUUUGACUACAACGUGGGUCUCAAUGACAUUGUCCAGCUGCUGAUUCGCUCCCAAACAGACCCUCCGGACAGCCCCGUGACCAAGGACCCCCACAGUGUGGCGUGCACUUCGGCCCCUGCCGCGGCCUCCGCUGUCCCUCGAGCUGAAAGCCCCGACCGCCCCGCUCCCGUCUCCCCCGCCGCAAUGGAAACUUCCACCGAUAAAGACAAUGACUGCGGCGCCGCGGCCGAGACUGCCAAUGAGCCCAAGCCAGACCAAGCCGUUGCCCUCAAUAACUCAGCCGGCACCAAAAAUGGGUUCAAGCCCUCGAGUCCGACGCGCGACACCCAACUCCCUACAUCCAGCAAGAACACACUGGUGGACCCGGGAAUUGGGAAAUACAAAAUUAACGAGCUGGUAGACUGCAGGGAUGUGAGCGUGGGCGCCUGGUUUGAGGCCUGCGUGGAGAACGUGAGCCGCGCCCCCAAAGGACCCGUCAAAAACAAGGUGGGGCGACCCCCGAAAAGGACUAACGGAAAGCUGGAGAGCGAGCAGGGCCAGCAGCCCCUCGGCCCGGGCCAAAGCACGGACAAUGUCAGGAAUAACGUCAAUGCGUUAAACUCGGAGAGCAACGGCGCAUCCACAUCGCAGACGGACUCCACGGACGAGGAUGUCGUCUAUCACAUUAAAUAUGAAGACUACCCCGAAAAUGGUCUGGUGGAGAUGCGAGCGGUAGAUGUGCGGCCACGUGCCCGGACCCUGCUGCGCUGGGACCAGCUCAUGGUGGGCAUGCACGUGUUUGUCAACUACAACAUGGAAACGCCAGAGGAGAGGGGCUUCUGGUUCGACGCGGAAAUUCAGACCCUCAAUCAGGCCUCCCGCACCAACAAGGAGCUCAGAGUCAAGAUUCUCCUGGGGGGUCCCGGUGACGUGAUCGGGGAUUGUAAAGUUCACUUUUUGGAUGAAAUCUACCAGGUGGAGAAACCAGGAGCUCCGGCACUGUCAGCUGCAGAUGGACAAUUUAAAAGGAAGAGCGGGCCGGAAUGCAAACACUGUAAGGCCGACCCGGACGCCGAGUGCCGCUUCUGCUCGUGCUGUGUGUGCGGCGGCAAGCAGGACGCUCACAUGCAGCUGCUCUGCGACGAGUGCAACAUGGCCUUUCACAUCUACUGCCUCAACCCGCCGCUGGCCACCAUCCCGGACGAUGAGGACUGGUACUGUCCCACCUGUAAAAAUGACACCAGCGAAGUGGUCAAGGCCGGGGAAAAGCUCAAAGCUAGCAAAAAGAGGGCCAAAAUGCCGUCGGCCACCACCGAGAGUCAACGGGAUUGGGGCAAGGGCAUGGCCUGUGUGGGACGUACCAAGGAGUGCACGAUUGUUCCCUCCAACCACUAUGGACCCAUUCCCGGCGUUCCUGUGGGAACCACAUGGAAAUUCCGAGUCCAGGUGAGCGAGGCGGGAGUUCACAGGCCGCACGUCGGCGGCAUCCACGGUCGCAGUAACGACGGCUCCUACUCGCUGGUGCUGGCGGGCGGCUUUGAGGAUGAAGUGGACCGGGGGGAUGAGUUCACAUACACAGGAAGCGGAGGCCGUGACCUCUCCGGAAACAAACGAAUUGGAGAGCACUCGUUUGACCAGACGUUGACCCACAUGAACAGAGCCUUGGCGCUCAACUGUGACGCCCCACUAAAUGACAAAGAUGGAGCCGAGUCCCGGAACUGGCGGGCCGGGAAGCCGGUGAGAGUGGUGCGCAGCUCCAAAGGCCGCCGCAUCAGCAAAUAUGCCCCCGAGGAAGGAAACCGCUACGACGGCAUCUACAAGGUGGUGAAAUAUUGGCCGGAGAUCGGCAAGUGCGGCUACUUGGUGUGGAGGUACCUGCUGAGACGGGACGAUCAGGAACCAGCACCCUGGACACCUGAAGGACUGGACAGGAUCAAGAAAUUGGGACUAUUGAUCCAGUACCCACCAGGCUACCAGGCAGUCAUGGCGAACAAGACAAAGAAGGAGGCCAUCGCCCGGCCCGGUCGCGGCGGUCGGAGUAAGCACCACUCCGGGAGGGGGCGAGGGAGGGGCCGGCCGCGGAAGCAGCUCAAGAUAGAGGAAGAGGAGGACGAAGAAUACGAGCACCUGAUGGCCGCCGUGGAGGAGGAGGAGGAGGAGAAGCCUCAGAGUAACGGCGAUCAGAAAGCCAGCAAGGACUCUGAUUUGUCACCAGCAUCCGAGCCUCCCUCCAAGCGCCCGAAGGUGGAGGAGGCGUUCGUGCUGUCGGAGCAGCAGCGGCAGUUGAUCGGAGAGGACGCGGCCAACAAGAAGCUGUGGGACGAGGCCCUGGGACACCUCGCAGAGGGACCAAACUUCCUGCGUAAGAUGGAGCAGAUCUUCAUGUGCGUUUGCUGCCAGGAGUUGGCCUUCCAGCCCAUCACUACCGUCUGCUCGCACAAUGUGUGCAAGACUUGCCUCCAGCGCUCGUUCCGGGCAGAGGUGUACACCUGUCCCGCCUGCCGCCACGACCUGGGCAAGGACUACGUCAUGACGCAAAACAAGACUCUACAGCUUCUGCUGGACCAGUUCUUUCCUGGCUACACGAAGGGCCGAUGAGAGCCACGACGCUCCACAUCGGAAGGCGCACACACAUGCAUACACAAACACGCAUAUAAACACACACACACACACACACACACACACACAUACUGUUGAAAGCUCCACUUUAAGGGAUGCAUUGCACUUCCCCAAUGGGCACAUGUAUAGUGCAUCACACAGCCAUUUCAUGUAUACAAUCAGUGAGCACACAAAGCACCUCAGUAGCUUCCGACCUCAUCCGUUUUCUCCGCAAACCUCACCAGCCUGAGAUUUCACACCAAGGACUUGAACGCACGUACUCACGAGCCCACCACAAGCGCACACACACACACACACACACACACACACACACACACACACACACACACUUCGAUACUCUGCAACAGGGGUCACCAAACCGUUUGAUACACACUUCCAAUUACCUUUCAUGUUGGUAUUGUUUUUGCCCGGCUGAUUUAAUCAGCCAAUAUUCGCUAUUUGAAAAGACUCAAAUAAAAAUAACCCCCCCCCCCCCGCCCCAAAAAAAAAGCAAUUAAAAAUAUAUAUUGAGACGUUACAACAUAAGACAAAGUUAACUAUGUUCUAUGUACAACAUUCCUGGGAAAUCACAAUUCUCCCAUCACAGGUGAGCCCCUGCCCUGCAACUAUAGUACUACAGUACUCGACUGCAGAGAGUACACGAAAUUGGCUUGAGGGAGGCGUAUCGUCAAACGGAGGCCAACGUUUGACGAAAUUUGGUAUGUGUCAUAUAUCUGCCAACCUGCAUUUAUUUGUACCAUCCACGCACUUUGAUGAUGAUUAACAUCUUUGAUGUUGCCCCACUCCCACCCCUCAUUUGGCGUGUCUUUGAGGACACAGUAAAACAUUCCGGGACCAUGUCGUUAUAGUCUCAUUCGAUGUGUUGUUGAAACCCAUUUUGAAGAAUGCGUCCCAUUUCACAAGUCUCGAUAUGCCCCAUUUGACUUGUCUUAGAUGGUACGCUCAUUUGAGGUGCACUCGAUGUACCCCAUGUCAUGUGUCUUUGAACAUACCGUCAUUUGACAGCGAUUUGAUCAGGCACCCCGUUUUGAAUUGUCUUUCAUGAUACCACAAGUUUUUGGUGUGUUUGACGUUACACCCGAUGUGACACGUUUAAUGCUACAUCCACUUGACACAUCUUAGAUAAUGUGGCCCUUUGAUGCAGCUUUGUCACAUCCAAUUGAUGUGUCUUUGACGGGUGUCUGACACCCCCUCCCACUUUGGCACAUCUUAUACCCCCCCCAUCCCUGUUAUGAUGCAUUCAAAUGUUGACGGUUGGCAGGAUUUCAAAUUCUCACCUCCUUUAUGGUCACGUGACAUGUUUUCCAGUCACGCGACGUUUCCCGGUGGGCUUGUCGUGUUUGUUCUGAUGUCGUCCUCGCUUCUGUUCAAUCAUUCAGGUUUAUUUGUUGUUGUCGUUGUUUCAUAACAUGCAAUUAUAAAUGGUCUUUUCAAGGCGAACUGUGAUGUGCAUUAAUGAUUUUUUUGUUUGUGGCUAACUAAAUAGCGCUCCUUCCUGCAGUGACUUCCUUCUGUACGUGAACCUACAGUGCUAAAAACCCUUUUUAGACGUCUUGUGGACGCUUGGCUUCAGUGCUGUGUUGUUUCUUUACUUUUACUUAAAAAUAAUUCUUGCACCCCACUGAAGAAUUUAAGUCACAUUUCAUUUCUCUAAGACUUCAAAUCUGUCCGAUUUCUCAUAUAGGUUUUGAGUUGCUUCCCUAUCAUUUCUUUUUGCCGAGCGCAUUCGCCAGUCUGUUGAGGAGUUCCACUGCAUCAUGUUUUAUACAUGUCAUAAUACUUAAUAUGUACCUAUUAAAUAUUUGGAUUCAA